AUGACUUUCAACAGCGGUCAGGGCACCGAAUUGGCUGCCCAACAUCAAUCGACUGGGAUCUUGUAUCAGGGAUAUGAAAAGGAUUUUCAUUUAUGCAUCUUCGAAGAGCCCAAUGUCCAGGGAAGAAAUGAGAGAUACGAAUUCAGAUGCGACACCAGUCUGGAAUGCUGUGGAAGAGUCUGUUGUACCCCUGAAGUGGCCGCCAUUCCUCUAUGGUGAGUUUUUGGGUGGCUUGAGCUUUGUUUAAAAAGGAACGCAGUAGUAGUUAUAUGUUGGUAAAUGAUCACUGUUUAUGUUCAGGCUGUGGCUAUUAUUUCUAAUUCUCGGCCUUUUGGCCUUGUUGGCCCUCCUUUCCCUGUUGGCUUAUUGGUGUGCUCGGCGGAAAAGGAAGCAAAAGAAGGGUAAGUGAACUGUAACAUUCGUUCUCCUGCAUACUUAAUCAUUUUUGAAAGUUAAUGUGUGUAGUGUUUUUAAAAAAAUGAAGAUUUGAUGUUCCCCUCCGACCUCCUUUAAUCCCUCUUCCAGAUAUGACUCAUGGAUAUCGAACGAUCAGACAGAUGGAUGAUGACAAGAGCAGAUACCUGGGUAAUGACUGGGAUCGGGAUCGUGCGGGUUAUGCCGAGGCCAAUGAUUUGAACAACAAAAAAGUUGUAGGUGUGGAAGAAUCAGACCGCCGCGUUGCUUUGGCUGAUCGCAAAAACAGCUUCCACGAAGAGGAGACGUACGAGGAAUCGAUUAACGAGGAAAUGGAAUACGGCCCCGGGUCCGACGACGAGAUCGAGCUCCAGAGUCUAAAGCGAACAGAACGCGGCAACUCUUCUUACCGCAUCUCUUGAGUGUUGUGAUUCUUCUUUUUGAUUUUGAGUGCCAUUUGAUGUGUUUAAGGAUAAUAUUGUGCCUCUCUCGUUUGUUAAGCAGUUGAAGUGUCUAAUUGUAUUGCUUUUCCGUUUUUACUUUCCGAGUGUGUUUGUUACUCUAUGUUACCGUAAUCUUGCCCUGUAUAAUAAUAAGAACCUACUGCCUGAUAUCCAUUUCCGCUUUCUUCGAAUAAACCUUGCCUCAGGAUUUUUAUUUGCGCUUAAGAGAAAUUCGUUCCUUCUCCGCUCCAUGAGAAACUCUUGGCGAAACCGCAAGCAGUCCAGGUCAUCCAGCACAACGACGGUGGAAUGGGGAAGGCCCAAGUGUUGCCGGAGCCAGUGCCAGUCCCCUCACCCACCCCGCUCAAAGCUCGACAUGCCAUUUACAGGUCUCAUACCGAUCUGGUGCCUUCUUACAACCCCGUAGAAUAGGUACAAUAUAAUCAUAGGUAGCAAAAAAAGUGGGGAAAACAACAAUGUCACUUGAGUUCCGAUCCUAUUUACAACGUUAACGGGUACUCCGAGGCCCUGUUCAAACUGGAAGACUUUAUAAAUUAAAGAUCUUGUUUCAGACCUUUCGUUCCUGACAAUCUUGAAGAAACCGAUCUUCCCCCAGAGUCCGUUCUCCGAGCUUCUCAACAUGACCUCAGUCAGGUCCUAGGCCAACCCAAGCGUCCAACAGUAAGCACUCUCGAGUCCCCUCAACAACAAAACGCCGAGUUCAUGUAUACCAAACCAGGAUUCGAUAGUGUUCCCUCCUAUUAA